UGUAUUCAAUUUUGACAAAACAGAGUUCCGAGAUGACACUCAUGUCUAGAGCACUCGGGGGAGAUUUGAGACAGUCGAGGGUGCUAACACGUUCCCUAUGACCACAAGAACGUCUCCAUGAUGGUCAAGAAAGGUUGGAAGCAUCUCCAUGAUGGUCUCUUCCUCUUGUGUUUCUCCCCUUUCUAGCAUGGAGUAGUUUCCUUUUUCACUUGGGUGUUGUGAAACCCUAACUAUCUACCAUGUAGUUUUUGUUUUGUGAAUUGAAUGAUUGUUUAUGGGUGUUUUUUAAGUCAAUGAUUGAGGUAUUUUUCAUGUUGAUUGUGCAUGUUUGUGCUUAGCAACCUAAUUGGCCAUUUUAAACUAGAUUAGAGUGGGAAGACCCCCUUUCAAGGGAGGCUCAAUUGAGCUGGGAUUCCUAGGGUUUCUAAGCCACCUAACUAGGUUAAUGUAGGGCAAGCCUCCAUAUUGAAUUAAGCAAUUUGGUUAAGCGCGAUUAAGCUGACCAACCAGUGGGUUGAGAGAGGGAGUAAGUCAACCAUCGAUUGUCUUUACCGAGAGGGCCUCUUGAAGAGUCUUUAAUGUAUCCCUCGGUUUGUAAAUCGAGAGUGUGGUCUAUGACCAUAUUUGUGUCCCCUAUCGGUUCGAGGUCACCUUGCCCAUUGCAAUCACUUCGAUUCACAAAGAUCUUUAAAAACCAUUUACUUUUGCCUUGCUUUACUUUAAUUAGCAAACUUUUCAACCAAAAUUGAUUCUCUAGAUAAUAUUCAAAUGACUUAAGUAGGGGUACACAGACCGGCCCGAGUCGAUAUUUAAUUGUGAUAUUCGAGACGAGUCAAUUUUUGGCGCCGUUGGCGGGGAACAACGGUUUGUUAUCUUGCUAAAGUUGUUUGGUGUUAAUCUAGCUUUUAAUUUCUAGUUUUGAAAGUGUGCGUUCUUUGCUUGUGCUAGACUUGGUGUUGUUUUCUGAUUGUGUGUAGGGAGGUGCAUGACCCGGAGCAAUCCGACACCUUUGCUACCCCGUGAAGAGGACAUAAACCGAACUCUCCCACUCCUAGCAAGGGAUAGGGAGCUAGCGGAGGCAAGGAGAAGAAGUGAAGAAUGGAACCAAAGAGAGGAAGGUGAAGAAGAGGAAGGUGAACCUAUCGUUGGAGCAGAAAUAGCGGAGAACCAAAGAGAAGCGAAAGCCGGUCAAGCUCGUAAUCUAAACGAUGUGGUGGCAGAAAAGGAAGCCCCAACGACAAUGGGAUACUAUAUAGCCCCACGACCGGCGGACAUUCAAUCGCCAAUACUAAACCCUCCCAUUGCGGCCAACAAUUUCAACAUCAAGCUAGAUCUAGUAACCAUGAUAGAGAACAAUGCUUUGUUCCACGGUCAUGCGACCGAGUCAGCAAGAGAGCAUAUCCAAAGAUUCCUAGAGCUCGCGGGGAGCUUGAAGAUCAAUGGCAUGUCAGCUGAAGCUUUGCAGUUGAGGCUUUUCCCCUAUUCACUUACGGGGAAAGCACUCUGGUGGCUAAACAACCGCCCGCCUCGUUCAAUCACCUCAUGGGACGAUCUUCUGAACAAAUUCAUGUCCUGCUACUGCCCACCUUCGAAGACGGCCGAGUGGAGAAAGAUGAUCACCCAUUUCGAGCAAGAAAGGACGAGACCUUGAGGGAUGCUUGGGAGAGGUACUCCUAUUAUUUUCCUUAAUGCCCUCACCAUGGGUUCGAAGAACAAUUUCGGAUUAAAACUUUCUACGGUGGUCUAAUCCAAGAAGACAAGAUUCUCAUUGACUCGCUGUGUCAAGGGAAAUUUAUGAAUAUGAAUCCUCUCCAAGUGACCGAGCUACUUGAAGAAAUGUCCCUUAAGGGA